AUGAAUGAAACUACAGACAAACUUAACUCUUCUCUCAUUCUUCCUUUCAGUAAGGACUAUGAGUUCUGUUCAAAUGGUGUUUAUUUCUAUUGUGGAAAGAUGGGUUCAGGUAAGACAUUUAACCUCAUUCGUCAUAUACUCAUAACAGAACGUUUAGGAAAUGACUCAUAUUAUGACCAAAUCAUUAUAUCAGCAACUUCAGACUCUAUGGACUCAACAGCGAAAACAUUUAUGUCAAAAGUUCAAGCCUCUGUCGUUAAAGUUCCAGACAGUGAACUCAUUGAAUUUCUUCAACGUUACAUUCGACGUAAGAGGAAAUAUUAUGCCAUCGUUGAAUUUAUACAGUCAGGAAUGCAAAAGACUUCAGAAGAGAUGGAAAGAAUUAUUGACAAACACCACUUACGUCAGUACUCAGGAGUUUACGAUAUGAAACGACUGACAAACUACAUUCUGUCAAAACUUUCAAAAUACCCCUUCAAAAAGUAUCCUUCAAACACUCUGCUC